CACCUGACUAGAGAAUUCAGGGACCCGGGUUCGAAUCCUGGUCUGGUCCGUUGCAUUUUCACCCUGUUAUAUCAUAUAUGUCCAGUAUUAUGCCCUUUUGGGCCCUAUACUGGAAUGAAUAAUUAUUCAAAAUUGAAUAUUAAACUUGACUAUUAUGAAUGAAGGGUCUUGUAUUUUCAUGGAACAAGCACGAUUUAUUUUUACCAGUACAACAGACGGGCUAUUGUUUUAAAUUUAUCAAUCCUCCUGAUUCUUUGUCCAUCAGACGGAGAGAUGUCAUAAUGAUGAUAAUUUCAAAUACAGCAUGUCAUAAGGUCGAAUGUUGCCUUGAUGUAAUUCAUACCAAUUAUUGUAAUGCCAUUUUUUAGAUACUGAUUUGACUUUGUUAACCUCACCAAAAUGGAGAGCUCAUGGGAGGAGGGGUGUGACUGGUUCACAGGGGAUACUGAAUACUCCUCCUAUUCACCUGACCCCACUCUGGUGUUACCAGGAGUCUGUGUUUUUGUCUGUUCUUGAUUUUGCAUUCUUUAUAGGACCUAUGAGAUUGACCAUGCACUUUUUUUUAAUUAUCAAAUUGAAAUUUGGUUUAAAAUUUACUUAUAUUUGCUCUUCUUGUAUACAUUGUGUAAACAUAUGUUGAAUUGUACUGUACUGGGUGAGACUUUAAAUUUCUAAUUCACACUUCCUCCAUUAAACUUUCCAUCUGGUGUACCUUUGAUCUUUUAACAAUGUUAAUUAUGAACAGUCAGGGAAAUAGUAUGGUACCUUGCUUUAGUAAAGACAGUGUGAAAUUUUAAAAGAUUCUAGGCCACAUGCAGGUGAGUGCUGCUCUAAUUAAUUGAAUUAUUGAUGCCUCUUUAAUCAGAUAAUCACCUUUAUCAUAGUCUGACAAUAGCAACUCAGGGAGGGGGCAAUUAAAUCAUUUAAGUGGUGGUUAUAUACAAUUGAUCUAUAGCUGUAGUCCAGCUUAGAUGUCCAAAAAAUGAAAUCACAUGACCACACUUACUAGUUUAUUUAUCACACACUGCUUGUUUAGAUUUUCAAGAGAUACUCUCUUUGAAGUUUUGGGAGAUGAUUUGGAGACUUUAAUGAUGAGACCCAACUUUAUAUGAGGAAACACCAGAAAAAUUCAGCAUUCUGCUUGCAUUCCACUGGGAUUCAUUGGAUAGAAUCUGGUAUGGAAUCGGAUGUUGCCCCAGACGAAAUGUAUCUUAUGCUACAAGCAGAUAUGAUGAGCAUCAAGAAGCAGGAGAGGGCCCUUCAGAGCGAGAUUGCUGAAAUCAAGACCAAGUUCCUCAACCUAGUGGAGACAUGUGGGAUUCAGCGUUCUGACUACCCAGUGCAGGAGAGCUCCAGUGUUUUGUCACCUUCAUUCCUCCACAACAACACAUCGCCCAACCUUCCUCGACUGCAGCCACCAGAGCAGGAUGAAGAGUUUCUUCUUCAGCAACUUCUUCAGGGAUCUAUUGGCACCAGUAGUAGUGACAGUUUGUAUGGUGAUUCGGAGAUGACACUCAUUAUUGACGAUAACUCCAACUACAAGUCCUCACCUUUCCGUCAGCAGGAGAAGACCUUGGUCGGCCUUACCAGUGUGAUCAUGCCAAACGUCACUGGACCUCUCUCCUCAUCAGACAUCAGCAAUGGUUCCAGCAGGGUAACCACUUCAUCAGAUGGUUACCCUAGAUCAACAGAAACCUCAUCCGAUGUGGACAACCAAUGUGUGCCUUGUCUUGACUUUGAGGAGGAACUUGCAUCUCGUACCAAGUAUUAUUCGGACUUCACGAUUGAUCGCCAGAGGAAGAUCAACAACAUGUUUCCCCCACUGUCCAAUGACAAUGAAUCUUCCAAAGAGAGUGACAAUAGUGAAGAUGCUUGUGAGGAAUUAAUCACUCGGGAGGUUGAGGGAUGUGAAGCUGAAGACUUGCCAGCAUUCCGUGCACCUCCGCUUGGUGUUUCCACUGUGAAUGACUCUAGAGUAAUUGCGCAUUCUCGUGCUAGCUCCCAUUCCUCAGGAACAGACAGUUCAUCAGUGUCUUCCAGAUCAGGUCAUCGCAAGAGCAGAUCUCGUCGUUCCUAUGCAAGCAACAGAUCUACAUCUUCAUCGGCUAGCCGAAAAAGCACAACCAUGCCACAGGCAUCAUCCACCAUGAUUGAGGAUUUCUCUCCACAAUCUUCUUCCAGCAGUGGCAGCAGCAGACACAAGUCUUCUAACUCAAUUCCAGUGGCUUCAUCCACCAUGAUUGAGGAUCUUCCAUCUUCAAAAGGCAGCAGUAGGUGUUCCAGCAAUGAAGACUUUGUUAGUGUGUAUACCUGGUCUAUCAAUGACACUUCAGAGGAAGUGAACCUAGAAGAUUCCUACCUCAGGAACAUUGGACACAAAGUGAAUGCUCGUACUGCCAGAUCGAGUCGUAGCAGCAGUGCCAGCAGUAGCGCAUCAAGGAAAUCAACAAAGCGUGACAGAAACUCUAACCACAUUCAUCAUGUGUUGACGGAGCCUGACUCACAACUUGGAAAUUCCAUGUCUGUAAUCGAGCAAGUAAGUGACAUUCAAGAAGCCUUCCUUGGAGCUGAUUCUUUGUAUGAAGAUGAGGAGAUCCACUACAAGGCCAGCACCUUGCCUCGCACCAGCACACGCAUCUACUUAGUGGGGAACAAGUCCAGUGCCAGUUCUUCAUUGGAAGCACGUCGAUCUUCCAUGCCCGAUAUACAAAGUGUUUGCACACCUAGUGACUUUCAUAGUGUACCCACUUCAGAUGAUGAAGAGGAUGAUUCCUCACCCCUCCAGGAACGCAUUGAGGUACCAGGAAAGUCUAGUUCCAGUGGCUGCACCUCAAGCCCACCAGAGAAUUCAACCAACACUGAUGCUGCUGCACCUAACAACACACAAGCUUUAUUGGACUCCAUUUUAACAGACAGCCCAGUUAGUGCCUGCAGUAGUGGAAUAGCAGCUCCAUACAAUUCCUACAACUCGCCAGCAGAGAGUCAGCCAACAUCUCGUACCAGCCAGUCAAACACCAGCGACAACAAAUCAGAAUCGUCCAUCGGUCAACCUAGUGCUCCUCCAUCAUCAAUUGCAUCUUCACCAGCUGUUCAGACAAAAGCUCCAGUGACUGAUGAUUUUGUCUUCAAGAAACCUCUCAACACUCAGCCACUAAGGAAGCUGUUCAAGUUCAAGAAGAAUAAAGGGAAAAGUGCAGAGAAGAUACCCACCACAUCUACUCCAAACCAAGUGUAUCAAUCCUCACUUCCAUCCUCAGUUCGCAGUGAUCCACUCUCUAGGAGGAAACUCUUCUUGGGCAGUGAUCAGAAGAUGCACGAAGUUCAGCUGAUGGACAAGAAAGCUGUUCUGAAGAAAUUCCGCAGGUUCAGCGAAAGUUUUCACAAGCGUGAUGGUACAGGACUAAAGAGGAUUCAGACCCUUGCAAACCUGUAAAACAUUAACUUGUGUGAUGCAGAUACCAUAUUGUGUUCAAAUUCACUGACAUUGCCAAAAGACAAUCUUUUUAUGUUUUGUAAAUAUUCUUUUUUGUUUGUAACUUAAUUUUGCAAGAUUUUGUUUCUUUUGUUACUGCAUGAACGUAUUUUGCUCCAGAAAGGGACUAAAGUUGAAAACUUUUCAGUGAGUUCAGUUUGAGAAUGUUAGGGGAGUUUUGUUAAUGUUACGUUUCUGAGAUUUUAUAGACUUUUAGGUCUGUCGCAGCAGUAUUGUAACAGUGCAAUAUGAUAUGACAAUCAAACAUAGUUAUAGGAGAUACUGUUCCCACUUCAAUGACUGUCUUGCCAAGAACUUGAACUGUGUGUGUUUAGCAGUUUGUAAGUUUUGUAAGAAAUCCUAAUUUAUUUCAUCAUAAUUUAUCGUGCAGUGCUAGAUAUGUACAUAAAUAAAAACAUGACAUUUAG